AUGGAGCAAAUUGAGCAUCUUGAGAACGAGAAUCGGCACCUGCUCUCAGAGGUCGGGGAAGUGCGAAACAAACUGAACAAGCAAAUGCUGACUGAAGAUUGCCUGAGAGAAAACGAAGACAUGUUGCAGUUUUACACAGGAUUGUCAAAUUUCAGUCUUUUGAUGGCCCUUCUUGAAGUGCUGAAGGAAGGAAUGGCACGUACAAACCGAAACAGUCUAACCUUCUUCCAGGAGAUGCUCAUAUUCCUCAUCCGCCUUCGCUUGAAUGUGCCAUUGCAGGACUUGGCAUACAGGUUCAAUGUAUCCCAGUCAACUGUGUCUAGGGUUGUCAACAAGUGGAUUGAUGUGGCCUUUGUCCGCCUCUCCCGUGCUGUGAAGUGGCCAGAACCUGAAGAGUUGCAGCGAACAAUGCCUAUGGCAUUUCGGCAGUGCUUCGGGACAAGACUAGCUGUAAUACUUGACUGUUUUGAGUUGUUUAUAGAGCGACCUUCGUCUUUCCUGCCUAGAUCGCACACAUGGUCGAACUAUAAGCAUCACAAUACAGUCAAGUAUCUAAUCGGCAUCGCUCCACAGGGCGUUAUUACAUUUAUUUCUCGUGGGUGGGGUGGACGCUCGAGUGACAAGGUCAUUACAGAGAAGUGUGGCGUGCUGAAUAAUCUCCAGCCUGGGGACUAUGUUUUGGCAGAUAGGGGCUUCACUAUCGGCAACAGUGUUGGACUUCAUUGUGCAAAGCUUGCAAUUCCUGCCUUCACCAAAGGCAAGCCCCAACUUUCAGCCUGUGAAGUAGAAAAGACGCGAAAGCUUGCAAAUGUCCGGAUUCAUGUUGAGAGAGUGAUUGGACUGCUCCGCAAUAAAUACCGAAUACUCAAGUACACACUUCCUGUGGAGAUGCUUGCAUCAGAAGAGAAUGGACCCACUGUGCUCGACAAGAUAGUCUUUGUUUGUUCAGAACUAUGCAAUUUGAGUAACUCCACUGUUCCAUUCGGUUGA